AUGAUGAUGAUGACGCGGAUGAUUUUGACGACGACUCGGAUCAUGAUGACACGGAUGAUGUCGAAUCAGGUGAUGAUGACGAUGAUGUUGAUGAUGAUGAUGAUGACUCGGAUGAUGAUGAUGAUGCUGAUGACUCGGACGACUUGAAUGAAGAAGUUGAUCAUGAUGAUGAUGAUGAUGACUCGGAAGACUUGAAUGAUGAUGUGGAUGAUGAUGAUGAUGAUGAUGACUCGGAUGAUAAUGAUGAUGACUCGGAUGACGGUGACUCGGAUGAUGACGAUUCGGAUGAUGGUGAUGAUGAUGAUGAAUCGGAUGACUCGGAUAAUGAUGAUGAUGACUCGGAUGAUGAUGAUGAUGACUCGGAUGAUGAUGAUGAUGACUCGUUUGAUAAUAACUCGGAUGAUGAUGAUGAUAAUGUCUCGGAUGAUGAUGAUGAUGAUGACAAUAUUGACUCGGAUAAUGUCGACUCGGAUGAUGAUGCCUCGGAUGAUGAUGACUCCGAUGAUGAUGAUGAUGACGCGGAUGAUGUUGACGAUGACUCGGUUGAUGAUGACUCGGAUGAUGUCGAUUCGUAUGAUGUCGACUCGAAUGAUGAUGACUCGGAUAAUGAUGAUGUUGAUGAUGAUGAUGAUGAUGAUGUCUCGGAUGAUGACGAUGAUGACUCGGAUGAUGAUGAUGAUGCUGAUGACUCGGACGACUUGAAUGAAGAAGUUGAUCAUGAUGAUGAUGAUGAUGACUCGGAAGACUUGAAUGAUGAUGUGGAUGAUGAUGAUGAUGAUGAUGACUCGGAUGAUAAUGAUGAUGACUCGGAUGACGGUGACUCGGAUGAUGACGAUUCGGAUGAUGGUGACGAUGAUGAUGAAUCGGAUGACUCGGAUAAUGAUGAUGAUGACUCGGAUGAUGAUGAUGAUGACUCGGAUGAUGAUGAUGAUGACUCGUUUGAUAAUGACUCGGAUGAUGAUGAUGAUAAUGUCUCGGAUGAUGAUGAUGAUGAUAAUAUUGUCACGGAUGAUGUCGACUCGGAUGAUGAUGCCUCGGAUGAUGAUGACUCGGAUGAUGAUGAUGAUAAUGUUGAUGAUGACGACGAUGAUGAUGAUGAUAAUGAUGAUGAUGAUGAUGACGCGGAUGAUGUUGACGAUGACUCGGUUGAUGAUGACUCGGAUGAUGUCGAUUCGGAUGAUGUCGACUCGAAUGAUGAUGACUCGGAUAAUGAUGGUGAUGAUGAUGAUGACUACGAUGACGAUGAUGAUGUUGAUGAUGAUGAUGAUGAUGAUGUCUCGGAUGAUGACGAUGAUGACUCGGAUGAUGAUGACUCGGAUGACAAUGAUUCGGAUGAUGGUGAUGAUAAUCAUGUUGAUGAAUCGGAUGACUCGGAUGAUGACCAUGAUGACUCGGAUGAUGAUGAUGAUGACUCGGAUGAUGAAGGUGAUGUUGAAGAUGGUGAGGACUCGGAUGAUGAUGAUGAUGAUAAUAAAGAUGAUGAUGAUGACGAUGAUGAUGAUGACUCGGAUGACGAUGAUGAUGACGAUGAUGAUGAUGAUGACUCGGAUGAUGAUGAUGGUGACGAUGAUAGUGAUGACUCGGAUGAAAAUGAUGAUGAGGAUGACUCGGCUGAUGAUGGUGAUGAUGAUGAAGAUGACGAUGACUCGGAAGAUGAUGAUGAUGACAAUGAUGAUCAUAUUGAUCAUGAUGAUGAUGACUCGAAUGCUGAUGACUCGGAUGAUGAUGAUGAUGCAGAUAAUGAUCAUGAUGAUAAUGAUGAUGAUGAUGAUGAAUGGAAAGACUGGUAUGAUGAUGAUGAUGACGCGGAUGAUGUUGACGACGACUCGGAUGAUGAUGACACGGAUGAUGUCGAAUCAGAUGAUGUCGACUCGAAUGCUGAUGAUGACGAUGAUGUUGAUGAUGAUGAUGAUGACUCGGAUGAUGAUGAUGAUGCUGAUGACUCGAACGACUUGAAUGAAGAAGUCGAUCAUGAUGAUGACGAUGAUCAUGAUGAUGACUCGGAAGACUUGAAUGAUGAUGUGGAUGAUGAUGAUGAUGAUGAUGACUCGGAUGAUGAUGACACGGAUGAUGAUGAUUCGGAGGAUGGUGAUGUUGAUGACGAUGAUGAUGACUCCGAUGAAGUUGAUGAUGAUGAUCACGACACAUAUGAUGAUGAUGAUGAUGAUGAUGACUCGGAUGAUGAUGAUGAUGAUGACUCGGAUGAUGACGAUGAUGACGAUGACUCGUAUGAUGAUGACUCGGAUGAUGAUGACUCGGAUGAUGUCGAUUCGGAUGAUGACGACUCGGAUGAUGAUGACUCGGAUGAUGAUGGUGGAGAUGAUGAUGAUGACUCGGAUGACUCGGAUGAUGAUGAUGAUGUCUCGGAUGAUGAUGACUCGGACGAUGAUGACUCGGAUGAUGAUGACUCGGAUGAUGAUGAUGAUGAUUCGAAUGAUAACGACUCGGAUGAUGAUGGUAAGGAUGAUGGUGAUGAUGAUGACCCGGAUGCUUCGAAUGAUGAUGAUGAUGAUGAAUCGGAUGAUGAUGAUGAUGACGACGAUGAAGUUCAUGAU